AUGAAUAAUGAGAAAUCUGCAAAAAGGGAAUGGUGGGAAACCACGUUAAUUUAUCAGAUUUGGCCUAGAGGAUUUCAAGACAGCGACGGCGAUGGUGAGGGUGAUCUGAAGGGUAUUAUUAGCCAGCUUGAUUAUAUCACAAAUCUUGGAAUCGAAACAAUUUGGUUGAAUCCUAUUUAUCGUUCGCCAUUAAUCGAUUCUGGAUAUGACGUCUCCAAUUACACGGAUAUAGAUCCUAUUUUUGGCGAUUUAGAAGACUUUGACAAUCUAAUACAAGAGGCUCACGAUCGAGGAUUGAAAGUCAUUCUGGAUAUUAUUCCUAAUCAUUCCAGCGAUCAGCAUGAAUGGUUCCAGUUAUCGGCAAAAAAUAUCGAGCCAUAUGUUGAUUAUUAUAUCUGGACAAAUGGUGGUAUCGAUAAGGACGGCAACAACAUUCCACCAAAUAAUUGGGUAAGCAUACAUAGUGACGAAGAAGGAUCUGCAUGGACAUGGCACAAUGAAAGACAACAAUGGUAUUAUCAUAAGUAUCAUAGUUCUCAACCGGAUCUUAAUUUGAGAAACGAGAAAGUAAUCGAAGAAUUAAUGGAUAUACUCGAUUUUUGGUUGAAAAGAAACGUCGAUGGUUUUCGAAUUAAUGCAGUACCUUAUUUUUUCGAAGACGAAGCAUUAAGAAAUGAAUCCUUUGCGGGAGAGGGUACUUAUACUUUUAGUCUUCCUGAAAGCACCGAGCUUCUUUACAUAUUUCGUGAAUAUAUCGAUAAAUGGGUAUCAAGAAAUAAUGCCUUAUCAAAGUUAUUAAUCGCCGAAUCAUACGAUACUUCUGUUGAAAAUUUAUUGUCGUAUUACGGCAAUGGCACGCACAAAGGAAUUCCACCGUUUAAUUUUAAAUUUAUUACACAUAUUCGUAACAGCAGCGAAGCUAGUUAUAUUAAAUACAUCUUGGAGAAAUGGCUUAUAUUUCUUCCAAAAGACACCAAGACCAACUGGGUGCUUUCAAAUCAUGAUAAUUCGAGAGCAGCUUCAAGAAUCGGACUCAACCGAAUCGACGGUCUUCAUAUGCUUAGUCUUCUGUUACCUGGACAAGCAUAUACAUACUAUGGCGAAGAAAUAGCUAUGUUGGACACAAAAAUAUUUUGGAACAGAACUAUUGAUUUUAUGGGUUGCGCCAGAGGCAUAAAUGAAUAUGAAUAUUUUUCAAGAGAUCCAGCGAGGACUCCCAUGCAAUGGAGUUCCAAAAUUUCAGCUGGUUUCUCUACAAAUAAAACCACAUAUCUCCCUAUUCAUUCUAAUUAUGCUUAUAGAAACGUAGAAAUACAACAAAGUAAAAAGAGAAGCAAUUUGAAAACGUACCAGAAGUUGGCUAGUCUAAGAAAAGAGUUAGUUUUUACAAAUGGAGAUUAUGAAUUUGCAAGUCUGAAUAAUGAUCGCGUAUUGGUAUUGAAAAGGUAUUUGGAAAAUCAUCCAGUGUAUAUUGUCGUAAUUAAUUUGGGUCUACGGCAAGAGGAAAUUAAUAUGACUUUAAUUUACCCUAAUUUGGAAGAUACUUUGGAUGUUAUUGUGGCUUCUAGCAAUGCAAUUCGCGUCACAGACACUGUUCCACGGGAUAAUUUUAUAUUAACAGCAAACGCUGCGCUUGUAUUAAAAGGCGAAGAAAAACAAGGCCAAGCCACAACUGAUCCAAUUAUUACUCCAACUAAAGUAACCGGAGAUCAUACAUCCGAAAGUACGACAGAAAAAGGAGGAAAGAGUUCGACAGUAGAACCAGAAUCAACUAGGAAGCCCAAUAAUGCAAUGUCAAGUUGUACUUCUGCAUUCUUGUUAAUGAUAAGCCUCAUAAUAACAUCGUGCAGAUUUUAA